AUGAAUGGCCUUGGCGCAGGCAACGCACAAGGCACAGGCACCGGCGCCUUGACUGGGGCAGGGGCCGCCGCCGCAUCCGGAUUCCCAGCGCCUGCCGGCUACACGGCCGAGCUGAGUUAUAUUCACGCUAUGGUUGAGGAGCUUAGCCGACAGUUGUCCGAUAACAAGCGUGUUCUAGAUGACGUUGUAACUGGCGUGGGACGUGUGCGGAGCCGUGCGCGCACUCAACAGCUCGGAAAUGAGGCGUUGAUAGAAGGGGCAAGCGAAGAGCUGCAGGGUCAAGAGUCCAACAUGGAUGCCACGAUCUCUGUCUUGAGUGAGGCACUCGAUGCUGCUAAAUACGCCAAGGACGCCAAUGCCGCCCUCCUUGGCCAGUACGCGCACGUCCUCGCCGGGAUGCUCAAACAGUUCCACGAGUACAAGCAAAAGCACGUAUCUGACGUUGCCGCCUGGCACCGCAGCUACCGGCACCAGCUAGCCGAAGCCCGCGCCGAAAACAGCCGUUUACGUGACCAAAUCUGGCAGAUGCAGGAGCGCGCCGGGCGUGCCAACGCUAGUCUACGAGCUUUCCGACGGUCCUUCGAUGAAGACCCGGCGAGAUGGGACCGUCGUGUUACGGACAAGGCGCUCCGUCAGGAGCUGCGUUUUUGGAAGCGAAUGGCGAUGCCUACCGUGGCUGACGACGAUCUUGCAUACUGGAGCGACGAUGAUGAUUUGAUAGACCCAACGGAAAAAGUGCGGUUGCGCGACAUAGAGCAGAAAGCAGUCGAAGAACAACAGCGAAUGCUACAACACCAACAGCAGCAGCUCCAACACCAGCAACAUCAGCAGCAGCAACACCAGCAGCAGCAGAACCUCCACUACCAGCAGCAGCAAUACGAGCAGCAAAUAGGAUUUGCCGCUGCAACAGCUUUAUCAUCCGCCUUGUCUCCGACAUCGCUCUCGCCAGGUUCGGGCGACAUCGGUGAGGGUCUCGAUGAUUUAGAUGUUGACACCAGUCGGCACAGAAAUGAAACCAGCAGCGAUCCCGUAGAUGGUAGAGACGUCGAUGGUCUGAGCCUAGAUAGUAUGGUACUUUCGCGGGCAGCUACGUCGGAGGCUCAGGGAGGCGAUAUUAGGAAGAACGGCCAACAGAGCGCCGACACUGAUGGCGAAGAAGACGAUGACGACAACGAUGACCUUGACUUAGACGACGAUCUCGACCUUGAAACCGACCUGCCGUCACACUUACCCGCUGUUCCACAGGCACCCUCAUCAGCCCCAACGCCGGCAAGCAUCAGCCGCGUGGGUGGCAUCCUUGCUAUACAACGAGAUAGCCCUGUGGCAUCAGCACAUGGUCAAGGAACGGACAUAAGCCCAGACAUGGCGUCUCAGCCAAGCGGCUCGCGUGUACGUGAGCCGUAG